CAUACAAUUACCCGUUUAUACAGUUGGGUUUUUACUGGAGCAAUCUAGGUAAAGUACAUUGCUGGUGAGUUCAUACCUUCUGCGCUAACUUAUUUCCAGCUAGUGUAUGGUACUGUUAUUCAUGGAAUUUCAGUUGCAUGUUAUUCUUAGUAUCAUGGGAGUAUAAUUAUUAUUAUUAUUUAUUUCUUAGCAGACGCCCUUAUCCAUUACCCAUUUAUACAGUUGGGUUUUUACUGGAGCAAUCUAGGUAAAGCACCUUGCUCAAGGGUACAGCAGCAGUGUCCCCCACCUGGGAUUGAACCCACAACCCUCUGGUCAAGAGUCCAGAGCCUUAACCACUACUCCACACUGCUUUAAAUGAUGACAAUCUAAGUCUUUGCUUUUCUUCUAGUUUUUAAAGUAGACAAUGGAGGAUUUAAAAGCUGCCAUUGCUGUUGUUGGCAUUGGAUGCAAUUUUCCAGGAGGUGAAGGAACAGAUAACUUCUGGAAGGUCCUUCUGGAGGGUAAAAACUGUACAGUGGAGAUACCUUCAGAAAGAUUCAACAGCACAUUGUGGUACGAUCCAGAUGGCAGCAAGCCAGGGAAAUCCUGCACAGCGAAAGCAGCUCUCAUUGAUGGGUUCAAUGAGUUUGAUCACAGGCUGUUUGGCAUUCCUGAAGCAGAGGCAGAUCAUAUGGAUCCGCAGCAAAAGCUUCUCCUGCAAUGUACCUAUCGAGCUCUGGAGGAUGCUGGGAUGCCACUGGAAAAGGCCAGUGGAACCAGAACAGGGGUUUUCAUUGGUCUAAUGAAUCGGGAUUAUGAGAUGAUUUCAAAUAAUGCUGCCAGUAAAAUAAACCAUUACAGUGGCACUGGGACAGCGAUGAGCAUAGCUGCCAAUAGGAUUUCCUACUGUUUCAACUUUACUGGGCCUUCGUUUGCAAUUGACAGCGCUUGCUCCUCAUCUCUGGUUGCUCUUCACUAUGCCUGUCAAGCCAUUAAACAAGGGGAUUGUGAUAUGGCAGUCUGUGGAGGGGUAAGUUGCAUCAUUGAGCCCCGAAUUUUUGUUACUCUCAGCAAAGCAAAAAUGAUAUCUCCUGAAGGAACCAGCAAACCUUUCUCCAGCAAGGCUGAUGGCUACGGAAGAGGAGAAGGGUGUGGCAUUGUCUUGCUAAAGCCAUUAGCAAAGGCACAGAAGGAUUUUGACCACGUCUGGGGAAUCAUAGCAAGCAGUGCUGUAAAUCAGGAUGGCAGAGCAGUCACUCCAAUCACCAAACCAUCAAUGGCACAACAGGAAGAGCUUCUGCACAGGAUUUACUCCACACAUGUUGACCCAUCACAUGUACAGUAUGUAGAGGCUCAUGGGACUGGAACUCCUGUAGGGGAUCCUACAGAAGCAGGCAGCAUCUCUAACGCCAUUGGAAAAGCCCGGCCUCCAGGAUCACCAGCUCUUCUAAUAGGCUCUGUGAAAGGUAACAUUGGUCACACUGAAUCUGCAGCAGGGGUCGCAGGGUUGAUCAAGGUCCUAUUGAUGAUGCACCAUGAAACAAUUGCUCCCUCUUUACACUAUUCUGAAGACAAUUCCAGCAUCAAUGCUAAAUCUCUCAGGCUUAAAAUUCCAACCACAGCAGAAAAGUGGGAAAAGUCUGGACCACUUGGAAGAGCUGCAGGUGUUAAUAACUUUGGAUUUGGGGGAACCAAUGCACAUGUUGUUGUCAGGCAAUACAAACAAUCACAAGUUCUGAAUUCAGAAACACAAAAGCCAUUUGAAAUAUUUGUGCUGUCUGCAGCCUCCAAAAAAUCAAUGAAAAUGAUGAUGGAAGACACAGCCCAACAGAUUAGCAAACAUGAUGCAAUAAAGCUACAUGAUCUGGCUUAUACCUCUGCAUGCAGGAGAAGUCACACAAGGCACAAAUACAGAAAAACAUGUAUUGCGUCAUCUCUUAGUCAUUUAAAACAACAACUUGAAAUGAGUUAUAAACCAAUAGUGGUAAAGCCAGACACGCAACUGGCGUUUGUAUUCUGUGGAAACGGGGUCACCUACAGAGGCAUGUGCAAACAGCUCUUAAAAGAUGAACCAGUGUUUAGAGAAAAAGUGAAAGAGAUAGAGAGCAUGUUCCAAUUUUACACCUCUAUUUGUCUCUUGGAGAGAUUAGAAAAUGAAUACGAAUAUGAUGACUUUUCAAGGCCAGACAUUGUCCAGCCACUGCUCUUUACCAUUCAGGUGGCAAUUGCCAGCCUUUUAAAGCACUGGGGUAUAAAACCAGAUGCUAUAGUUGGGCAUUCUGUGGGUGAGGUUGCUGCUGCACAUUGCUCUGGAUUGCUGUCCCUUCAUGAUGCUGUUAAGGUCAUUUAUUUCCGCAGUACUUUGCAGUCCAAGGUCACUGGAGGGAAAAUGCUUGUUGUUGGAAACAUACCUGUGUCAGAAGUGGCACAGUUUCUUCCUGCUUAUUCAGGGAAAGCUUGCAUUGCUGCCUACAACAGCCCCCAGUCAUGCACGUUGUCAGGCGAGUCUGAAGCUAUAGAUGGUCUUCAUCAGAAACUGUCAACAUCAUUCAAGAACCUAUUCCUUCAUGUUCUAGAUGUCCCAGCUGCAUACCACAGUCACAUGAUGGAGCCCAUUUUGAACCCUAUACAGGACAGCAUAGGCCUCUUACAAAAAAGGGAAAUGGAAGUAGAGUUGUUUUCUACAGUAACAGGGCAUUUAGCUACUGAAGGAGAUUUUACCACAGGCCAGUACUGGGCCAAGAACAUUGGAGAAGCAGUUGCGUUUGAACAGGCAGUGAAAUCAGCAGUGGCUGGGAAGAAACAUGUUGUUUUUGUAGAGAUAGGUCCAAGAAGGGCCCUGCAAAGGAAUAUUAUGGAGAUUGUAGGGAAUGGGACUCCAGUGUUUCCAUCUGUGCAGCCUGACAAAGACUAUGAGACUCUGCUUACCGUUGUGUCAAAGGCAUUUGAGUUUGGGUUGAAAGUAAAUUGGGAACAAUUUUACAAAGCAUAUGAGUCUCUACCUACACCCUGCCCAAGGUAUCAGUUUGACAGUAUCAUGAAAGAGGUUGAUUUUGAUUUGAAACACCAAGGAAGUGUUGCAAAUUCUAAUCAUCCUUUGCUUUGUAAUGCAAGUAACAACAAAGAGUUCAGCUGUCGCAGCAUUACAGAUGAAGCACCAUAUGUUUUUGAACACAAAAACAAUGGUGUUCCUAUAGUUCCUGGUUCCUUCUAUGUAGAGCUAGGACUUGCAUCUGUUAUGGCCAGUGUGAGACCAAAAUUGCCUCUUAGUUACUUGCAACUCAGUAUAAUAUUCUCUAGCCCUUGUACUAUAAGCCAGAGUUCAGUAGAACUAAAGGUCAAAUUAGAGCCACAAGGCCAUACAACCGCAUUUAAAAUUGGGUCUUCAAAGGCAAUUUAUGCAUCUGGCACAAUUCAGCAUAACAGUGGAAAUUUAGUAGAGGAAAACAACAUUUCUCUGGAUUGCAUUUACAAAAGAUGUACAGAAAUGUCAGAGUCUGAUGAAGUUUACAAGAAGCUGUCUAGCAUAGGCUUCCAGUAUGGGUCAAUUUUCAGACAACUUGACUAUGUGCAUUAUGGGAAAGAACUUCAGGAAGCUGUUACAAGAAUUAAGGUCCCCAAUGAAAUUGUGGCACAGUUGCAUGAGUACUGCAUUCACCCUGUAGUUUUAGAUUAUUUCUUACAAAUGACAGCUUUUUUGUUAGCAAAUGGUUUCAGACCUAGACCUGGGAUCCCUUCUGCUAUAGGCAGUUUGAUAGUUUCUCAGCCCCUACAGGAAGAAAUGUUCAUUUAUGUAAGAACAGUUAAAGUUGCAGCUGAUCACACAGAGGUAUGUGGGGGUUUCACAGAUAAAAAGGGCUCACUUUUAGCAGAACUUAAACAUGUAAGAAUUAAGUAUCUUGGGAGCAGAUCUCCUGUGAUUGAUGAGUACUUCUUCCAUAAUGAAUGGAAUGAAGUAUCUGAGGUACUAACUUCUAGGGCUGUACCCAAAGCAUUAGUGUUUGCAGACCAAUUGGGGAUAGCCAGAUCCCUUGAGAAACAUUUACACAGAAAAUCCAUAUACAUCCCCUACAAUGAUUUAGAAAGUCUGUUAAAGUGUGACAUUGUGACUUUCCUUACAAGCUGCAAUGUGUCCAUGUCAGCUGAUGACUAUGAUGAAGUUUUGUUUAUGUGGGGAAUUCGAAACCUCAGUGAUCAGAGUUCAGAUACAGUGCUGCAGAACUUAGUAAACUGUUGUGAAGUUUAUCGGCAGCUUAUCCACUUGUUAACGGAAAAGAAAUCCAAAUGUCCCAUCAGAACCAUCACAUACAGAACAACAGAGAAGGCAGUGGAUCACAUUAAUCCAGGAUUUACACUGUGUGGAAUGACCAGGGCAUGUGCUGCAGAAAUUCCAGAUCUCUCCUUUCAAUUGAUUGAUAUUCAUUCUGUAAGCAAUGAAGACAUCUCAGCACUGGCCCAAGUGAUUACCUCAUACAAAACAUCAAAAUACCCAGAGGUCAUGAUUAAUAAGGGCAGUGUUUAUACAGCAGAAAUCAGACAGACACCUAUAAAAAGUGUCAGCAGUAAUCCAAAAAUGGUCAGUCAGUUUCAGAGUUUUGUUCUUCAGACCACAGAUCCGUACAGAAUGAAAGAUCUGUCUGCAAAACUUACAAGUGGUAAUAGUAGGGGCCUUCCAAAACAGACCAUAGAAGUUAAGAUUACUAAAGCAUGUGUCCAUUCAUCUGACUAUUUUCCAGUCAGUGUUUCAGAAUUAAACUUUGGUCAGACCCUGUACUGGAACAAACACACAACUGAUAGGCACAAUGUUUUGUUUCUGGACUUCAGUGGUACAGUUACAGCCGUGGGAAGGGAUGUGAAAAAGUUGAGGGUCGGAGACCAAAUAGUUUCAUGUUAUCCUGUAGUUGCAUCUUCUAAGAUCUUGCUUCCAGAGGCUGUUUGUUAUCCUAGCAGGGAAGUUCCAUUCUUAAAAAAAGCUCCUUGUGUAUCCUACUUUAUGCUGGCAUGGGAAAUUUUACACCAUGUCCUACCCAAAUUACAACACCAGAGGCAGCUAUGUGUCCUUUCUUCUGUACCUGAAUCAAGCUUAUCCAAAAUAAUCAAGCUCACAGCAGAUGCAUCAGGAUGGCAUGCCACAGUUGGAACAGAAUGUAAUUUAUUGCAAAAUACAAAGCAGUGUGCUUUGGUCAUUUUACCCCCCUUUGAUGCAUCUUUAGUGGAAAGAAUCUCUUGUGUUUCCCUUGCCAAACACAUAGUUGUAGUGUGUGGUUACUCUUCCCCAACUCUUACUCCUAGUAUGCUGAGGAGUGAAGACGCUUACAUUCACGUCCUGCAAGUGACGAGCUUGUUCCAGAAAGCCUAUCUCAAUAAAUACGCGCAUGACAUCUACAAAUGGUUUAUUUCAAUGCAUUUGGAUAAAAAUUCUUUGGACAGCUUCCAAAAAGCAGUAACCGUGAGCAAUGAGUACAAAUUUGAAGAGAAGCCUUUUUCCUAUUUUAUCUCAAAGACCAUCUCACUGGCUAUGCUGGGUCAUGUGUCAAACAACAGAGUUUCUGAUAUCCCGGUGCAGGAGAAUCAAAAACAACUUUUCCAACAAAGCUCUGUUUAUAUAGUGACUGGAGGACUUUCAGGUCUUGGAUUUGAGACAGUGAAGUUCAUUGCUCAGCGCGGAGGCGGCUGCAUUGUCAUUCUUUCCAGAAGUGCUCCAUCCCCUGAGAGGCAACAAGAGAUUACAAAUGUGCAGAAUCAGUAUGGGGUUACUAUAAUAAGUGUCCAGUGUGAUGUUGCCAUCCUCAAGGAUGUUGAGAAGGCAAUCAGUCUUAUUGGUCAAAGGUUUCCUGCUUGUCCAAUUAGAGGAUUGUUCCACAGUGCAGUGGUCCUACAUGAUGGGUUACUGCACACUUUAAACAGACUCCACUUUGAAAAGGUUCUAAAACCUAAAGUUGCAGGGGCUUUGAAUCUUCACUGUGCAACAAAGCAUUGUCACCUAGACUAUUUUGUGUGUUAUUCCUCUGUUGCUUCGUUUAUUGGAAAUUCUGCCCAAACAAACUAUGCUGCUGCAAAUUCAUUUCUGGAUAUGUUUUGCCUCUACAGAAGAAACCUUGGGUUUUCUGGACAGUCCAUUAAUUGGGGUGGUUUGAACUUGGGUCUUCUGCUGAACAAAGAAGGGGUUCAGCAGUUUCUGGAGUCAAAAGGUAUGAUGAUCAUGGAGGUACCAGAAAUCCAUACAUGCCUUGAAAAGUCUUUAUUGCAGAAUAAUGCACAGCAAGCCAUAUGCAAGAUCAGUUUUAAGAAAUUAAACGGAAAUGUCCUUUCUCAAAAUGCUUCACUUAGAAUGCGUUUCUACUCAAUAAUGGCUGAAGAACAGAAAAACAUGAAUGCACAUGAACCACACAUUCUGCAGACUGCUUCCUUCACAAAACCUGAUGAUUAUGUUAGGCACCUGCUUUGUGAUGUAAGUAGUGCUGAUCCAGAUGAGCUGAUGAAAGACACAUCUCUCUCUGCGUUUGGAAUUGACUCGAUGCUGGCGAUGACUCUGCAGAAUCGUGUUUAUCAGGAAAGAAAUGUGAAUGUACCACUUGUUAAAUGGCUUGAUCCUAAUACAACAGUGUCUACUUUAGUGUCUCUUCUGCAAUAAAACUUCAAAACACACGCAUCCCAGUUGAGGAGCAAGAGGCUACUGAUAAUUGAAUGCAGUAACUUAGAAUAAAUAUUGGUGGCAUGGAUCAUUUUGUUACAGACAGUACAGCCAGAAGGCAUUAAUGAAGAACUUGGAUUAUCAUAUUACCUAUAAUAUAUAAUUAAUAUUUCUUAUGUUUGUAUUGAUUCUAUAUUCUUUAUAUCAUUAAUGUUUAUUUGAUAAUUAAUUAAUUACAUUAUACUUAAGACUUGUUACCAGUUGGCUACAUGGCCAUUAAUGUUUAUGUCUACAUAGUAUUUACAUAUUUUUUGAAUAUUAACAUCAGUGUUAUUCAUUUUUAUUAUUUUGGCUCUAGUAGUAUGGAAAUCAAAAUGGUCUAUCUGCAAUACAGACCUGAGUCCCAGUUCGAGGAAUACUGUAGUAAUAAGUUAUAAAGAAAUUGUAGGUCUGCAUACAUAGCAAACCUUGGCAUCUUGAGGGGUAGUUAUCUAUCUUACACAGUCAUAGUGUCAAAAAACAUGAUUCCAAAUGCAGCAUGUUUCUCAAAGUAGAAGCCAGGAGUGCCUUUUUUUCAUUUUAUAACAGCACAUAAAUGAAGUGCUAUCAGUCAUGUCUCCUUUUUGAUUAAUGAAAUAAAAAUAUUUGAGUCAGAAUGUG